AUGCAACUCACAAUGUCAAGCUACAAGAUGAAAAGCCUCUUGAAAGGGCUCCGUUACAUUUCUCAAGUAUUUGAAAGUGCAAAAGAAGAAGAAAUACAAAUCGGAAAUCCAACGGACGUAAAACAUGUUGCUCAUAUUGGUUGGGAUGGACCAUCGGCUGAUGCCACCGCGCCAAGUUGGAUGAACGAGUUCAAAUCCGGUGGCGAAUUCGAAUCUGGUCAAGGAGGUGGAGAAGAUGAUGCCUCCGUGAAAUGUAUGUCGGAAUGUGGCGGUCGGGCUAGAGAUUUACCAAAACUACCAAAAUCUACUAGGAAAUCAUCAUCGGAGAAAGGUUCUCCCACAAAGGAAAGAUCAUCGGAAAAAACCAAACGCCGGUCUUCGAACAAAGGCACAUCAUCGUCAUCGAGAAGACCAAAGGAAGGUUCUGAACAAGACGAAUUUUCUUCAUGGUCUGGUCUCAGUACAGGAUUACCGGAAGUUCCAAAGAAAUCAAGGAGGAAGAAGAAGACGAAAGAUGCCAUUAAUGGAGGAUCAACGAGAUCAACAAGGAGAUCCGAAGUCGAUAACAUGUCGGAUUAUAUGUCUGAGACUGGUUCGGUGAGAUCUAUGCCUCAAUUCGACAACAGAGAUGAUUUUUGA